AUGGAGGGUGUUACGACAGUGGGCACAUUGACCUUCACCACCCUCACCGGCUGGUCAAGGGACAAGGAUUGUCCCAAAGACUACAAGCGGCAUGUCUUCUACAGUACUUGCCGAUCGCUCUUCUCGCACUUGUCGGUCAAACAGAUGCAGGCCAUACAGCCAACGACGGUUGAGGGCUACGAAUCGUUUGCGAAGAAGAAGGGCUUCGACCUUGAGCUUGUAGAGUUGGAUGACGGCGCGUCGGGGUGCUGCAUGGGACCGAAAACGGCCAAGAAGACGCUGCUGUGGUUCCAUGGAGGCGGAUACACCUUCCCAGCGUCGGAUCAGCACUGGGUGAUGCUCUGGGAUCUCGUCGAGCUGGCCAAGAAGAAUGGCGAGGAGCUGCGGGUCAUGGUUCUGGAAUAUGAGCUCACGCCCUAUGGCCAUUAUCCAUUGCAGCUCAAGCAGGCGGCCGCGGCGGUCAAGUAUUUAUUGCAUUCGGGUCUGCAGCCUUCGCAGAUCCUCUUCGGCGGCGACUCAGCCGGUGGAAACCUCGCUGCGGCAUUGAUUAGCCAUCUGUCGCAUCCACAUCCCAGUGUAUCGCCCAUCUCCCUCUCUAGCAACCUGGGAGGGGCUCUCUUGAUUUCCCCAUGGGCCUCAUUUACACAAAAGAGGGAGUCAUGGAAGAAGAACUUCAAACGAGAUGCGCUGGUGCCCGCGACAGUGAGGGUCUGGUCCGAUAACUUCAUGGCCCAGUCACCCCAGGACAACUGGAACCAUCCCGCUGAAGCGCCGGCUGAAUGGUGGAAAGAUAUCAAGGUGGACAAUGUGGCUAUUGUUGGGGGACAGAAUGAGAUUCUGAUGGACGACAUUCGGGAGGUCGCUGAGAAGAUCAAGGUGCACAAUCCCACAGUCGAUUUCCUGGAAGCCCCUGGUGAAGCUCAUGAUGCCAUCAUCUUGGAUAGGACGUUUGGGAUGAAGGACGAGUUGGCAUCGGAGCAGUUUAUCGACAAGUGGAUUCUGGCCCGGCUGAAGUAG